UUUUAACCAAUUAAAAUACAGCAUUUUAUUCAGUCCUUAUUGCUGACAUCAUUUCCGCACCCCCCUACACCCACAAAGGAAAUUUGCAAGUGGUUUGGCUUCCCUAGAAGGCAUACAGGGUUUAUAGAAAACCAGAGUGAAGUGGUCAUUGCCAAUCAACUUUGUGGUUUCCCUUAGAAGUGAUAAAUGGAAAGUGACAGCUUAAUACCUUUGGAAGACCCAAAGUCUGACAUUUAUAAAGAAGUUCACAUAGAAAUGAUGACCACUGGUAAUUCCUCCACUGAGGUCGAUAUGGCUGGAGCAUUGAAUGCAUCAGCUGCUCUUAGUGCUUCCGCUGCUUUGAAAAUCACAGAAAGUACAAGUGAACACAGUACUGCACACAAAACCCCCCAGGAAUUAGAUUCCAUGGUUACCAAGAGUAGAGAUGAAACAACAAAUGGCGAGGGAGAACACUUAUUGGAUUUUGUCUGUAAAGAUGAUUCAGCUCAAGAUAUAAAUAUAGAUAGUGUUAAUCAUGGUAAUACAGAAUCACUAACAUCUUCUAUUACCAUGGAAACUGGCAAUACAGAAAUUUCAAAUAACACAGACUCAAUCAUACCUGAUACUUUGAAGGAAAACCAUGACUUGUCUCCAUUGGAAAACUUAGAAAAUGUAACAACUUCUGAGGCUCUGAAGCAAACACAAAUAUCUGCAUCUUUAGAUAUAGAAAUGUCCGAAAAUGAAACUCCCUCUAUGUCAAUUACUCCCAUGGCUGACCAAAUAAGACCUGAAACUUUUAUCGAUGGCAUUGAAAAAUUUGUCAAUUUUGUUUCCAAAGAAGGUCUUGCAAAAAAGAUGAAUGAUUCAGUAUCUCCUGUUUCAAAAGAGCGUAAUGAUUUAGCAAAGGAUACUAUUUCUGAUGAUACCAGUCCUACUGGCAAAAGCACCCUUGGUGCUUCAAAAGAGAAAACAGUUGCCACUUCCAGUUCUAGCAUUGAUAACAUUAAAACUGAGAAACAGGACAUAGAGGAGGAGGAGGAAGAUGAUGUAGAUGCUGAUUUGAAAUCCUAUGCUCUAGCCGUCAAUGACAUGCUUGACAGUGAAGUGGAAGUUUCCGCUAAUUCUAACGAACUUGAUUCAGAAAUACAAACCGUAGUUGUCUCCAAUACUGAUGCUGGACAACUAACGAUGACUUUUACUGAUAAUGCUGUCGGCAGAUUUGAAACAAUUGGAAAAAGCGAAGACAAAGUUGCAGGUGAUCCGUUGGCUGAAGGUUUGAAACCUCUCAGAAAAAGUCACAGACCAAAGAGGCGAAGAGUGUAUGAAGAUUUUGAGCAGACUGAUACCAGUGCCAUUGAUUAUGUGGUUGAACAAGUCAGUAAGGCUAUAGAGGAGGACCAAGAGUUUAUGAAAAUGUCAGCACCUAGCACAUCAAAGUCCAAACGAAAAAAUCCAUCACCAAGAAAAGCUAAGUUGACCGUUGAGGAAGUUUAUGAAAGUGACACAAAUGAAGACAGCGAUGGUGACCUUAAUAAAGAUAUUCUCAAGGUCAGAAUGGCUAAGUGUGACAUCUGUAACAAACAUUUCCUAGAUAAGAAAAAAUUAGAGGAACAUAGAAGGAGGCAUAAUAGAGAACGUAAAACUCAAUUAGAUUAUCCAUGUGUUGUCUGUGGCAAGGUAUUCCUAAAACGUGAGCACUGGCGUCGUCAUGUUAAAAUCCAUGAUGAUGUGCGACCCUACUCGUGUACUGAUUGUGACAAAACUUUCCGUCGAAAAGAGCAUGUCAAACGACACAUGUUAAUACAUUCUGGUGAGAAGCCUUUUGAAUGCAUGUAUUGUCAUCAGUUUUAUCAACGUGCUGAUCAUCUGAAGAAACAUGUACAACAGCACAUGAAAGGUACAUACCAAGAGAGGAGAAGGAAAGGUAACGAAGAAGAGACAACACCAGAGCGUACCUCAAAACGAAGAAAACCAACAACUAAGGCAGCUAAACUUGUAGCACAGAGUCGUAGGAAUAAACAUAAACAGGAAGAUGAGGAGGAAGAGCAGCAUUAUUCUGAUGGGUUGUCGGAUGAUGAAAUGUAUACGGCAUAGAACUUGUAAAUAAAUACACAUGUAUACAUGCAUCGAUGUGUAUAAUAUGUUGUGUACUUUCAAACUGAAGAUUUUAAUUGAAAAGAAAAUUUAAAGAUUUAAAAAGAUAUUAACAUUCAAACUUUAAAUUUCAAAAAUAAUAUUGUUUAUUUUGUCAUUUUAAAUUCUAGUACAGAAAAUAGGAGGAUAAAAACUGCAGUUAUCUAUUGAUAUUUUAUUUAUCUAAUUUUAACCAGAAUUUGUUUUCUAUUUUUA